ACAGAACAAAGGCCCCAUUGCCCUAGCACACACAUUUUCAGAAAGCGGGACCCUCAGGCCUCCUCAAUGUGGGCCCCUGCCUCUAGACCCUGCCCUCCUCCUUACCUGCUGCUGGCUCUGCUGUUGGGACUCACAGGUGUGGCCGUUGAGGCGGGGCUGCAGGUGAUCCAGCCUGACAAGUCAGUGUCAGUCGCAGCCGGACAGACAGCCACUCUGCACUGUACCAUGACCUCCCUGAGCCCCAUAGGGCCGGUUCAGUGGUUCAGGGGGACAGGGCCAGGCCGGGAGUUAAUCUUCAGUGUCCAAGGAGGCCACUUUCCCCGAGUAACAAAUGCUUCAGACACCACAAGGAGAAACAACAUGGACUUUUCCAUCCGCAUCAGUAACAUCACCCCAGCAGACACCGGAACCUACUACUGUGUGAAGUUCCAGAAAGGGACCCCUGAUGAUGUGGAGUUUAAGUCUGGACCAGGCACCCAGGUCACUGUGAGCAGUGUGGCUGGUGAGGCAGGGCUGCAGGUGAUCCAGCCUGACAAGUCAGUGUCUGUCACAGCCGGACAGACAGCCACUCUGCGCUGCACCCUGACCUCCCUGCUCCCCACAGGGCCUGUUCAGUGGUUCAGGGGGACAGGGUCAGGCCGGGAGUUAAUCUUCAGUUACAAAGGAGGCCAUUUCCCCCGAGUAACAAAUGCUUCAGACACCACAAGGAGAAACAACAUGGACUUUUCCAUCCGCAUCAGUAACAUCUCCCCAGCAGACACCGGAAUCUACUACUGUGUGAAGUUCCAGAAAGGGAACCCUACUGAUGUGGAGUUUAAGUCUGGACCAGGCACUCUAGUCACUGUGAGCGAGUCAAGGCCAUCUACUCCAAUCCUGAUAGCUGUCACCCUGGGCCCGAAGCUGCUGCUGCUCAUCAUUGUCUCUGCCAUCUAUGUCCACAAGAAGCGAGGGCCUGAUUCAGGUGUCUCAAGAAUAAAAUAGCACCAAGAACAUAAGAGACACAUGAGGAACAUUUCUGGAAUGAUGAGCAAAUAAUCAACUGUGAACAUGGGUACCACAGCUCCUCCCUUCCUCCGCUACUAUAUGCCACCCUCAGUCUCUGCUCCUUCGGUCCUUGAGGGGCCAAGCCAAGGAAAAGGAACAAUGAGAAACUUCCCCAACUCUGCCCCCAAAUACCUUGCUUGCUCCCAAGACCCACCUGUCCACAGUCCCUUCUCCUUCUCACAAUUCUUGAUGUCCCCAGAGCUGGGACUACAUGCCAGGUCCUCAGCAGAGGCCAUGGGAACUUUCUCUGGGCACUGAUGCACAGAUAUCUGCCUGAAUGUGAGAAAAAAGUCACAUUUACACUUACCAGGUGUCUCUCAUUCAUCUUCUGGGGACUGUGGUCAUGAACUACAUGCUCAUGUCCAUGUUCUUGGGAGGUAUUUCUGCCCACCUCCAGACAUUCUAGCCUUGGUGAGGUUCUUCACAGGGUCUUAAAUAAAAUGAAUCUCAUCCUGGUAUGAAGAAGAGAAAUGAUUCUCCUUCCUCUUUGCCUACACGUCCUACUCCUUAGACCCAAGGACAAAACACCCUCCUCCCUGUGAUGGGAACACUAGCUCUUCUGUCACCUUCAUCCUUCCCAGCCCCAGUGCUCAUGUACGUGAGCUGGCAGUUCAGAAGCCUGGAGCCAUCCUUGGUUUUCUUACUUUAUAUCUCCUAUUCAAUUCUGCCUUCAGAAUGUUGCUUACAGUGGCCAGAUAAUCAAUGUGAAGUAAUCUACUCAGAGAAAGAGAAAGAAGCCGGAUUUGUAGCACUUGUGGACUUCCAUGGUGUCAACACUUCCAAUGUGACCAACGGCAAGCUAACAGUGUUUAACAACUUGCUUAUAAAAUUCCUGAAAUGUUCUCAGAAGUGAGUGCAAGCCUCCUCCCAAAACCAGUGAGGCCCACCCAGAAUCUGUACACUGCUCACCCCAAGCCUGCUACCUGGUCCUGGUCAACAGUACUCCUUCCUGGACCAUUCUUUGUCUCUUACAGCUCUCCAGUUUCAGCUGCAGUAAUUCCAUGACAAUGGAAGUCAAACUGUGUCUUUCCUCUGCUUCUUCCCCCUAAAGAUCUGCAUGACACUCUCUCCCUCUUUGAAGCUCUGUUUAAACAUCACCUUAUUAAAAAGUCCCUUCCAGAAACCACCCGGUAUAAAAUAUCAAGUCCUUUCUCCCACUCUGUGUUCCCACAGCUCAUAACCUAAUUAAACUGUUUCCCUAGAACUUCGAAUUAGCUGACAUGAUAAGUGGAAGCAGUGCUCACUUUGCACAGUAGUGCAGGAAAAACACUGAUGGUGCAGCUGAAACCAUGCAAAGUGAUCUCAAAAAUCAGUGGGAGAAUAACAAUUUUUCUGUGACCUUUAAAAACGUUUUAAAACAGAAAGUUUCCAAAUGUCAAUGAUGAAUGUAUAGGAAACUGAAAAAAACAAUAGAACCAUUAUUUAUUGGGUGUAUUGUCAUUUCAAAUAUUAGAAACACUGAAAGGUGAAGCAUUCUGGUUUUUUUGUAAAGAAUCUUCAUCAAUAGUUUACACAGUGCAAGCCUUCUUCCGAUUUCAUGGUUGACCAUAUAGGGCCAAGGUCUGAAUUACCUCAUUUCAGUCUCAAUUGGGAUCAGCUUCCAACAUUCCAUCCCUUGUACUUUCAAUGUUGUGGAAUCCUUACAAUAUUAAUUUGAAUUGUUCUGGCGUCACAUCCUCUUGGACAUUUUCACCCUCCCUUCCACCACCUUCAAUGACAUGGUAAUCUUGUCUCACUCUGCUCCUCUGGCUGCAUAUCCACACUCUGGAGACAAGCACCCCUGUCACCAUUCCCCUGGUGCCCUCAUGAGCCCCAGUCGCAAUCAAUUUCAACACUACCUGAAGCCUCAACUCUUCUCAUUUCUCCAGCAUACGUUCAGCUUUAUGCCAAUUCCAUUUGGCCACUAUUCACUUUUGUAUAAUGUCACCUUGGUCCCUCAUUGGGAGAACAGCAGACAACAUGACCACCUUCAUUGCUGCCUGUGGUAAAUUGAGUAACAGAGUCACAGAGAACCACCACUUCCGGCCUUGAAAGACCUGAUGCUUACUUAUCGUGAUGAGGACCUGCCUAGUCCUGGAGCGCAGGCACUGGUGUGAUACCCCUCCAAAGACGACAGAAUGGCAAGGAGAAAUAGGGAGUAACUACAGAGGGAACACCUAACAAAUACAGUCCAGUCAUGUGAUCACAAGUUCACCAUAAACCAUGGCCACAAUGUGCUCCCUGAUAUAAUGUGAUGAAAAUGACACUUUUCCUCUGUGACCUUCCUCCCUAAACCCACUCCCCCAGUCUGUGUAUGAGAAAAGCAUCUGACAAAUUGCAAUGAGGGACAUUCCACCAUAUACCUGAGCAGCACUCAAAGCUGUCAGGCUGUCACCAUCAAGGAAAGUCACGUAGCUCUCACAGCUGAGAGGACCCUAGAGAGACAUGACAAGGAAAUAUAAUGUGGUAUACUCCAUGGAAUUCUGGUCAGAAGGGGACAUGGAGUGAAAACUAAGGAAAUCUCUUCUGGACUGAAUGGUUGUAUCUCUCCAUCGUUCAUAGGAUUUGGAGAUGGGGACUUUGCAGAUGAUGAGGUCGUCAUGAGGGUGGAGUCCCCAUGAAUGGGAUCAUUGCCUUCACGAAAAGGGGGCAGACAGCCAGAUCACUCCAUCCACCAGGGGAAAAUACAAGCCGUUGACAGUCUGCAAAUUCAAAGAGAGAUCUCAUCACAGCCCAACUAUCAUGGCACCCUGAUCUCAGACUUCCCGCCUCCAGGACUGUGAGAAAUAAGUUUCUGUUGUUUCAAGGCAUCCAGCUUAUGCUGUUUUGCUAUAGCAGCCAAAGCUAAGACAAAAUCAAACUAAGGAUUUUGGUUAAUAACAAUGCCCCAAUAUUGGUUCACUAAUUAUAACAGAUGCAACAAAUUACUGUAAAAUGCUAUAAAGAGAGGAAACUGUAUGCACCUAUA